AUGGGUUUCUUUGGCCGGUCCAGCGAAGCGUCCCCGCGGUCGCCCUCGAUCAGCCACAACGACUUGACGCCGAGCGGCCUCGAAGACAAGGAGAACGAGCAUGGCGAUCUCCAGCGCAAGAAGCGCAUGCUCAUCAUGGCGGGCUGCGGCCUCGCAGUCGUCGCCGCAGUCGGCGUUGUGACGUUUGCAGCGACGAGCUCGACGGACGCGAGCACGGGCGAAGGCCUUUCCACGACACCCAAGCCGACGACGGCGGCUGCCAACGGCGAAACCUUGGUCGGCUCGACGGGCCACCUCGACAGUGUUCCGGCGGAGAGCACGUUCACCCCGGUGGCCACGACCGCCGAUGCGCCCGAGUCGGCCAACGUGACGUUGAUUGGCGACCUCAACGCGCUUCCGGGUACGGAGAACGCGACGACGACACAGACGCCAACGACGGCACCGGUCACCGAA